AAACAGACCUGACCUUGCACACAGGCAACAAAAGUACUCAAUAGACCGCGGAUAUCCCAGGAAAUGACGCUCUCUUCGCCAGCGGAACACCAGGACAGCUCGCAGACGGAACCGAACGCAAAUUCAGUGGUCGACUCGUCUUUCACAGAGGGCCACAACCCAACUUCGCCAGGUCUUCAUAUUCCAGAGCCCCGCGAUGGAUUCUUCGGUUACAGUGAUGAAAAGGGGUUGAGACACAUUGAGGAGAAGUAUUGGGCUCACAGGAGGCCAUCUCAAACCCUCUCUGAAGCGGGCAGACCCAUCUCCGUUUCACCUACCAUCGGUCCGGAUGCGCACGCUGAGAUAGCCUCUUCGGUUGGAGGCUUGUCCCUGUCGGCUGCUCAUGAUGGUAUGGAAGAGGACGAAGUCCGCCUUGUUGACGCAGAAGUGGAUCAUGACGAGAAGGCGCAAGGGUAUCCCGCACCACCACUGGCUAUGCCACCCGAAAUGACGCCCGAAUUUGACCACCUUUUCGAGCUAUUCAGAAAGUGUUUGCACUUGCGAGACAAAUAUAUGGCUGCGUCACGCCAACGAUUGGGCGACAAUCCGCGUGAUCAUGAUGGUGUCUUCAAAGGAAUAGUGGACGAGUGUGCGGACGUCCAAGGCGUACGCCCGGACUCCGACUAUUCGAAAAUCGGCCAGCCGCUGGGGAAGGAGGACCAGUUUCAGCCUUGGAAAAUCUAUCCCAAGCCUCCUCCGCCACAUUGGCAUUGGAGCGCCACCGAGGAAGCUCCCUCGAUGGCGGGUCACGAAGAGAACGACGAUCACAAUAAACCCUUCGAGUUUGAUGCCUGUGAAAUACAUGGCGAGCAUCCCUGGAAUUUCGAGAUUGACGAGAAGGGAGUUUAUCAGGUAUAUGAAUCGGCACCAGUGGAGGACAAGAGGCCAAUCUUUGAAGUCCCCACCAUACGAGAGUACUUCAUGGACCUCGAAUUCGUCCUUAGCCUGAUUUCAGAUGGUCCAGCCAAGAGCUUCGCCUAUAGACGACUACAGUACCUCUCCGGUAAAUUCACGAUGCAUAGCCUGCUCAACGAGUUUCAAGAAAUGACGGACAUGAAGAAAGUACCCCAUCGAGAUUUCUACAACGUUCGAAAGGUCGACACACACGUUCAUCAUUCCAGUAGCAUGAACCAGAAACAUCUUCUCCGUUUCAUCAAACACAAAAUGAAGCAUAGUCCUAAGGACCUUGUAAUCCACCGUGAUGGGCACGAACUCACUCUGGAGCAAGUCUUCGAAUCUUUGAAGCUCACCGCCUACGACCUCUCGAUCGAUACUCUCGACAUGCACGCCCACCAAGACUCGUUCCAUCGGUUCGACAAGUUCAAUCUGAAGUACAAUCCCAUCGGAGAGUCGCGCCUGAGAGAGAUUUUCCUCAAGACGGAUAACUAUAUUGAUGGAAGAUACUUGGCCGAAAUUACCAAGGAGGUCAUGACCGAUCUCGAGCAAAGCAAAUAUCAGAAUUGCGAAUGGCGCAUCAGCAUCUACGGCCGUAACGAGGGCGAAUGGGACAAAUUAGCGAAGUGGAUCAUUCACAACAAACUGUUCUCCCACAACGUUCGCUGGCUCAUCCAAGUACCUCGUCUUUAUGACGUAUACAAACAUAACGGCUCCAUCUCUACGUUCGAAGAUAUUGUCCGCAACGUUUUCAAGCCCCUCUUCGAGGUUACAAAGGAUCCUAAUUCUCAUCCAGAACUGCAUGUCUUCCUGCAGCGAGUUAUCGGGUUUGAUACGGUGGAUGACGAGUCGAAGACCGAGAGGCGUUUCCACAGGAAGUUCCCCUACCCGAAACUUUGGAAUUUCGAACAGUCACCUCCCUAUUCGUACUGGGUGUAUUAUAUGUACGCCAAUAUGGCAAGUUUGAAUAACUGGAGGAGAGCCCGUGGAUUCAACACACUUGUCUUCCGCCCACACUCCGGGGAAGCAGGCGAUACCGACCAUCUCACCGCCGCUUUCCUCACCUCUCACUCCAUCUCGCACGGUAUCCUUCUCCGCAAAGUUCCUGCGCUUCAGUACCUGUUCUACCUGAAGCAGAUCGGCAUCGCUAUGAGCCCGCUCAGCAAUAACGCGCUCUUCUUGACGUACGAGAGGAACCCAUUGCCUGAUUUCUUCAAGGUUGGUCUGAACAUCAGUCUGAGCACGGACGAUCCGUUGCAGUUCCACUUCACAAAGGAGCCUUUGCUGGAAGAAUACAGCGUAGCAGCUCACAUUCUCAAGCUUCCUCAAAGUGCCCUCUGCGAGCUCGCCCGUAAUUCUGUCAUCCAGAGCGGGUUUGAGAUGGAAAUCAAGAGGCACUGGCUCGGUCAGAAAUGGUAUCUUCCUGGUGCCGCAGGCAACGAGAUCAACAAGACGAAUGUUCCGAAUAGUCGGUUGAAGUUCAGGCACGAUACGCUGAUGGAGGAGCUCGUGCUUAUAGGGGCCAAUAAGCCAGGGAAGUCUCAUUGAGAGAUCCUGUGUGUCGUGGCGAGAGUCCUCGCUCUGGAAGGCCUUUCAGCUUUUUCCAUGUCCUUGAUCGCAAUUAGAC